CCGAGCGCACGUCCGUCAGCCCGUCGGUCCGCUGGUCCGCCGCCCGGUUCCCAAGCGCCUCGGCCCUCCUCUCCUCGCUGCCCCGCCGUCUUUCUGGCCCAGACUGUGGCCAGGGUGCUCAUCAUGGCGACAUUCAUCUCGGUGCAGCUGAAAAAGACCUCGGAGGUGGACUUGGCUAAGCCGCUGGUGAAGUUCAUCCAGCAGACCUACCCGAGCGGCGGGGAGGAGCAGGCCCAGUACUGCCGCGCGGCCGAGGAGCUCAGCAAGCUGCGCCGCACCGCCCUGGGCCGCCCGCUGGACAAGCACGAGGGCGCGCUCGAGACGCUCCUGAGAUACUAUGAUCAAAUCUGUGCCAUUGAACCCAAAUUCCCAUUUUCUGAAAAUCAGAUAUGCUUGACAUUCACCUGGAAGGAUGCUUUUGAUAAAGGUUCACUUUUUGGAGGAUCUGUAAAAUUGGCUCUUGCAAGCUUAGGAUAUGAAAAGAGCUGUGUGUUAUUCAAUUGUGCAGCUUUAGCUAGCCAGAUUGCAGCAGAACAGAACCUGGAUAAUGAUGAAGGAUUGAAAAUCGCUGCUAAACAUUACCAGUUUGCUAGUGGUGCCUUUUUACAUAUUAAGGAGACGGUUUUAUCUGCCUUAAAUCGAGAGCCUACUGUGGACAUAUCUCCAGAUACUGUUGGGACCCUCAGUCUUAUCAUGCUGGCACAGGCCCAAGAAGUGUUUUUUUUAAAAGCUACAAGAGAUAAAAUGAAAGAUGCAAUCAUAGCUAAAUUGGCUAAUCAGGCUGCAGACUACUUUGGUGAUGCUUUUAAACAGUGUCAGUACAAAGACACUCUCCCCAAGUAUUUUUAUUUCCAGGAGGUGUUCCCCGUCUUGGCUGCAAAGCACUGUAUCAUGCAGGCCAACGCUGAGUAUCACCAGUCUGUCUUGGCAAAGCAGCAGAAGAAAUUUGGGGAGGAGAUUGCAAGGUUACAGCAUGCAGCAGAAUUGAUUAAGACAGUGGCAUCUCGCUAUGAUGAAUAUGUCAAUGUGAAGGAUUUUUCUGACAAAAUCAGCCGUGCCCUUACUGCAGCAAAGAAGGAUAAUGACUUCAUUUAUCAUGAUCGAGUUCCAGACCUUAAAGAUCUAGAUUCUAUUGGCAAAGCCACACUUGUGAAGUCUACCCCAGUCAAUGUACCCAUCAGCCAGAAGUUCACUGAUCUGUUUGAGAAGAUGGUUCCUGUGUCAGUGCAGCAGUCUUUGGCUGCAUUUAAUCAGAGAAAAGCUGAUUUGGUUAACAGAUCAAUUGCUCAAAUGAGAGAAGCUACCACUUUGGCAAAUGGGGUAUUAGCCUCCCUUAAUCUUCCAGCAGCAAUUGAAGAUGUGUCUGGAGAUACUGUACCUCAGUCUAUAUUGACUAAGUCCACAUCUGUGAUUGAACAGGGAGGUAUCCAGACUGUUGAUCAGUUGAUCAAAGAACUACCUGAACUACUACAAAGAAAUAGAGAAAUUCUUGAUGAGUCACUAAGAUUGUUGGAUGAAGAAGAAGCAACAGAUAAUGAUUUAAGAGCAAAAUUCAAGGAACGCUGGCAAAGGACACCAUCCAAUGACCUUUAUAAACCUUUAAGAGCAGAGGGUACCAACUACACAACAGUUUUAGAUAAAGCUGUGCAAGCAGAUGGCCUAGUAAAAGAACGCUACCAGUCUCAUCGUGACACCAUUUCACUUCUCUGUAAACCGGAGCCUGAGUUAAAUGCUGCUAUCCCCUCUGCUAACCCAGCAAAGACCAUGCAGGGCAGUGAGGUUGUGAAUGUCUUAAAAUCCUUACUGACGAAUCUUGAUGCAGUAAAGAAGGAAAGAGAGAAUCUUGAGAAUGACCUCAAGUCAGUGAAUUUUGAUAUGACGAGCAAGUUUUUGACAGCUUUGGCUCAAGAUGGUGUGAUUAAUGAAGAAGCUCUUUCUGUCACUGAGCUGGAUCGAAUCUAUGGAAGUCUUACAACUAAAGUCCAAGAAUCUUUAAAGAAACAGGAGGAACUUCUAAAAAAUAUUCAGGUCUCACACCAGGAAUUUUCAAAAAUGAAACAAUCUAACAAUGAAGCUAAUUUAAGAGAAGAAGUUUUGAAGAAUUUAGCUACUGCAUAUGACAACUUCGUUGAACUUGUAGCUAAUUUGAAAGAGGGCACAAAGUUUUAUAAUGAGCUGACUGAAAUAUUGGUCAGGUUCCAGAACAAAUGCAGUGAUAUAGUGUUUGCACGGAAAACAGAAAGAGAUGAACUCUUAAAGGACUUACAGCAAAGCAUUGCCAGAGAACCUAGUGCUCCUUCAAUUCCUACACCUGCGUAUCAGUCCACUCCAGCAGGAGGACAUGCACCGGCCCCUCCAACUCCAGCUCCAAGAACCAUGCCGCCUUCUAAGCCUCAACCCCCAGCCCGGCCUCCACCUCCUGUGCUUCCAGCAAAUCGAGCUCCUUCUGCAACUGCUUCAGCUCCAGUGGCAGCUGGGAAUGCAACACCAGCUCCACCAGUUCCAUCACAAACCCCUGGCUCAGCCCCACUUCCACAGGCCCAAGGACCACCCUACCCCACCUAUCCAGGAUAUCCCGGGUAUUGUCAAAUGCCCAUGCCCAUGGGCUAUAAUCCUUAUGCCUACGGCCAGUAUAAUAUGCCAUACCCACCAGUGUAUCACCAGAGCCCUGGGCAAGCUCCAUACCCAGGACCCCAGCAGCCUUCAUACCCCUUCCCUCAGCCCCCACAGCAGUCAUAUUAUCCACAGCAGUAAUAUGUCUGCUCAGAAGUUCGGCGGGUUCAGUUCAGAGGGAAAGAAGUACCAACUCUGCAAUAAGUGUACUAAACUCUGCGCCCUGGUUAAUAUAGUAUACUUUACUAUACUGAAUGCAGUGUAUAAUUUCUAUCUGUGGCUAAAAGCUAAAAGCUAUGCCCCAGUUGCACAUUCGAUUGAACACAUGGGAUUUGCUGCUGUUGCAGUAUAAACACUAGGUAUAAUAGGAUUUGAAAUAAAUUACAGUUCAUAAAAGUUGAAAAUGAGAAAUUAAACCUGCAAGCGAAAUGUUUGAAACUAGCAUACUUUAUACUUAAGUUGUGGUUGGGACAUCAGAUCCUUUAUAAAGAUGGUUUAAGUACUGAUGUUCAAAAA